CAAAACGACGACGUCGCAGAAGUGUAAGCUCCGCAUAAAAGGCGUGAGAGAGAAAGAUAGGAAUCUUUCUGCUACGCGAUUCGGCUUCCUCUUCUCCUUCUUCUCUUCUCUCUCGCUUCUUAACUACUCUUUUUAAAACGGAUAGCUUAGCUUCUCUGUGAUCUCGCCGGAAUAUCCUCUAUAUAUCUAACCUCCGCGUGUCCUUCCAAUUUAUUUAAACUUAUGAAUUCGAUUCUUCCGUAAAUUGGAGAAAGAAGGAACGAUGGAUGAUUACUACACAGCAGCUGAUGAAGAGGAUUGCUAUUACUCCUCCGAUCAUGAGUCUCUGGGCGGGAUUGAUAACGACGAUUCCGAUUUUCACUCCGCCUCCUCUAAGAAAUCAUCCACUCAGGUUAUCACACAGGAAUCGCUUCUGGCAGCACAGAGAGAAGAUUUGAUGAGGGUUAUGGAACUGUUAUCGAUUAAGGAGCAUCAUGCUCGUACUCUUCUCAUUCAUUACCAGUGGGAUAUCGAGAAGCUGACUUCUGUGUUUGUUGAGAAAGGAAAGGACAGCUUGUUCUCUGCAGCUGGUAUAACAACUCUCUUCGACUCUGGAUCCUUUCCUUCUUCUUCGAAUAUGAGCUGUGAUGUCUGCCUAGAGGAUGUGUUAGCUGAUCAGAUGAAGAGGAUGGACUGUGGCCAUUGCUUUUGCAACACUUGUUGGACGGAGCAUUUCACCGUGCAGAUCAACGAAGGCCAGAGCAAAAGGAUUAGAUGCAUGGCUCAUAAAUGCAACGCUAUCUGCGAUGAAGAUGUUGUCAGGAAGCUAGUCAGUGAAAAGCGUCCUGAUCUAGCCGAGAAGUUCGAUCGUUUCCUCGUGGAGUCGUACAUCGAAGACAACAAGAUGGUCAAGUGGUGUCCGAGCACUCCCCACUGUGGGAAUGCGAUACGAGCUGAGGACGACAAGCUCUGCGAAGUCGAAUGCUCGUGCGGUCUUCAGUUCUGUUUCAGUUGUACGUGUCAAGCCCACUCCCCUUGCUCCUGUCUGAUGUGGGAGCUGUGGAGAAAGAAGUGUCGAGAUGAGUCGGAGACGGUUAACUGGAUAACUGUUCAUACGAAGCUGUGUCCCAAAUGUUCCAAACCUGUGGAGAAGAAUGGUGGAUGCAAUCUCGUUAAGUGUAUUUGUGGGCAGUACUUUUGUUGGCUAUGUGGUGGAGCUACUGGAAGAGAGCACACUUAUAGGAGCAUCGCUGGUCACAGCUGUGGUCGGUACGAAGAUGACAAGGAAAGGCAGAUGGAAAGAGCCAAAAGGGAUUUAGACAGGUACACACACUACCAUCACCGCUACAAAGCACAUACCGAUUCAUCGAAGCUGGAAGAUAAACUCAGGGGUAAGAUCCUCAAGAAAGUGUCGAAGUCAGAGAAGAAGGAGCUGAAGCUCAAAGACUUCACCUGGGUCACCAACGGACUCAACAGGCUAUUCAGAUCGAGGCGGAUCCUUUCGUAUUCGUACGCUUUCGCGUAUUACAUGUUUGGCGAGGAGCUGUUCAAAGACGAGAUGAGCUCCGAGGAGAGGGAGAUGAAGAAGAAUCUGUUCGAGGAUCAGCAGCAGCAGCUCGAGGGUAACGUUGAGAAGCUCUCUCAGCUGUUGGAGGAGCCCUUUGACGACUUUAGCGAUGAGAAAGUCAUGGAUGUGAGGAUCCACGUCAUCAACUUGUCUGUUGCGGUGGAUAGCCUCUGCAAGAAGAUGUACGAGUGCAUCGAGAAUGACUUGCUCGGUUCGCUCCAGUCUGGUAUCCACAACAUCGCGCCUUACAGCUCAAAGGGGAUCGAGCAAGCAGCUGAGUUUCAUGCUUCCUGGAGUAGUUCCAAACCUCCUUUGGAGAGUAGUGGUACAAGCGGAGAGACAUCGAGGCCUGAGAGAGCUUCAGGAUCAAGGGACUCUGAAGAAAUGGUUUACCCUUCUCCACAUAAACGUCCCAGAAGAGAGGGUAGUUUCAGGAACAGCAAAGUCACUUUGUUGGACUUGAACUUGCCUGCUGAUUUCAUCGACCAGAACUGAGCUGAAGCGAACUGAAGCUCAAACUCAAAAUCCCUUUUUUGUUUGUGUUUUGUCCAAAUGAUGUGACAGGGCAAAAAGGGUGUUUGACUAUAUAAAUCUCCCUGAGGAUUCGUGAGUCAUAGACUGACUAAUUAUUAUUUUUCUUUUUCUUAUAGUUUUUGGUAAUUUAUAUAACUCUUGUUUUAGACUUCUAAUAUGUAGAUCUCUGAUUAAGCUUAUGAACUCUGUCUGUUACUUCUCAAUGCCAUUUGAAAAUGUAAAUUUAAAAGUCAAGAGAGUUGCUAGUCGUUAAUUUAA